AUGAAGAUUUUGUCGAGUAUCUUUGUAUUCUACCAAUUCCAUCGAUUCCAGCUUCUCACAAUCUUCCUGGGCCUGAUGGCCACGGCGCUCAGCGAGGAGGCCAAGAAGAAAGACACCGAGGUCAAGGACUCGAACACAGAGAAGAAGCAGGAUAAACGGGGCCUCAGCCAAUACGAAGGAGGCUACGAAGGUGGCGAUUACGGCGGAGGACAGGAACUGUCGAUAUCCGGAGGAGACUCGUCCGGCUACGGUGGCGGAUACGCUUCGGACUACGGUGGCGGUUACGGCAGUUACGGCAGUUACGGCGGAGGCGGAGGCGGAGGCGGCGACGAACACAGCAAAGUAAAGGAGAUCACCAUAGUGAAAAGCGUGAAGGUUCCCUAUCCGGUCGAGAAGAAGGUCCACUACCCCGUGGAGAAGAAAGUACUGUACCCCGUAAAAGUCCCGGUACCACAGCCGUACCCCGUAGAGAAGAAGAUACCAGUCCCCGUGAAGGUUCUCGUCAAGGUCCCAGUGCACAUCCCCCAGCCCUAUCCGGUGGAGAAGAAGAUUCCGUACCCUGUGCAGGUGCCAGUCGAGAGACCCGUGCCUUACAAGGUCUACAUCCCUCAGCCCUAUCCAGUGGAGAAGAACGUCCCGUACCCUGUGAAGGUUCCCGUACCGCAACCCUACCCGGUGGAGAAGCCUGUUCCGUACCCUGUGAAGGUUAUCGAGCACGUGCCACAGCCGUUCCCGGUCGAAAAGGCAGUACCGUACCCGGUGAACGUACCCUUCGACCGACCGUACCCCGUUCACGUGCCCAAACCGUACCCAGUUCCAGUCGAGAAGCACGUACCAGUGCCCGUUGAGAAGCCAGUGCCCUACCCUGUGAAGGUUCACGUGGACAGACCCGUGGGAGUGCCCGUCGAGAAGCCAGUGCCUUACGAAGUCAAGGUACCUGUCCCAGCGCCCUAUCCAGUGGAGAAGCACGUCGCUGUCCCCGUGGAGAAGCCCGUGCCCUACGCGGUCAAGGUGCCCGUCGAGCGACCUGUACCCGUGCACGUCAACAAGCCAGUGCCCGUGGAGGUGGCCAAACCUGUGCCCUACCCUGUUAAGGUACCCGUAGCCGUGCACUCGCACGGUUACGGAGGAGGCUCCAGCGGAGGCUCCGAGAGCUACGGAGGAGGAUCCGAAAGCUACGGUGGAGACUACGAGUCCAGUUACGGGGGACACUACUAAUCCCUGGAAGACCCCAGCCGACGCCUUCCGGCUAUGCGACUAUGCCAGGCGUCGCGUUGCUUUUCUAUCUCGAAAUAUGAUUGUUAAGGGAAAGUAGCUCUUUCUUUGUUAAUGGGCGAGAGCAGAGAUUAC